AUCAAGAUAUAGGAAUUAUUGUUCAUAACCAACUGAAAGUAUUAAUAUAUCCACUAUCCUUGAUUUCUCAGCAAUCAUUACUAGAAACACUAUCUGAUCAAUAUGCUGCACUCAUGAUAUUGAUUUUA